UAUAUAUAUAUAUAUAUAUUCUUCAGGACUCGCCCAGCCAUCUUCAUUCCCGCCAUUUCUCCUCUCUGAUUUCAGUCUUCUCGAUCUCUCUUCAGAACCAAAACCUGCCCGAUCUCCUUCUUCACCAACAAUGGCGCUGAAGCUCGUCUCCUCCUCCUCUCUCACGAGCGCUCGAUUCCCGUUCCUUGGAUCCGCUUCUGCUGUUGCACCAGCAUCUCACUUCCGCAGCUCAACUUCUUCCGCAGCUCUUCCUCUGCUGCUGCCGGUGCUGCAGAGAGGAAGCAGCUAUGCGAUCACAGCUUCGAAGGAGAAGCAGCCGGACUCUCUGUCCCUUGCAGCCGCAGCACCUGCUGCUUUCCAGCCAUUUCAAGAGCUCAAGAGGAAGGAUCUUGCGGUUCCAGUGGCUCCUGGCCACUCCCUCGCUAAACAAUUCUACUCGGAUGAGUGCGAGCUGGCUGUCAAUGAGCAGAUCAAUGUGGAAUACAACGUGUCGUACAUUUACCACGCCAUGUAUGCCUACUUCGAGAGAGACAAUGUCGCUCUCAAGGGCCUCGCCAAGUUCUUUAAGGAAUCAAGUUUGGAGGAAAGGGAGCAUGCUGAGAAGCUGAUUGAGUAUCAGAACAAGCGCGGAGGAAAAGUUAAGCUUCACCCAGUUAUGCCGCCCAUUGCUGAAUUUGACCAUGCUGAGAAAGGAGAUGCACUGAAUGCAAUGGAACUGGCAUUAGCUCUGGAGAAGUUGACAAAUGAGAAACUCCUGAACCUGCAUAAUGUGGCAAAAAGAUGCAAUGACACCCAGAUGGAAGAUUUCAUUGAAUCCGAGUUUUUAACUGAUCAGAUUGCAGCAAUCAAAAAGAUUUCAGAAUAUGUUUCUCAACUGAGAAGGAUUGGGAAAGGCCACGGAGUGUGGGACUUUGAUCAGAUGCUCCUCCAUGAGGGUGGCCCUGCAUAAUGUGAUUGGGCGGUUCCACUGGUCCAUAGUUCCAGCUUACUUACUUUGCAGCAAGAACAAGUUUCUACUUACUGCAUGCCUAAAUCUCUUCAUUCUAGAUCUAGAUGCCCAUCUGAUCAACAAAUUUCAGUCUAUAGUUCAAUGAGGAUCAGUAAUAAGGCUUGCAUCAGAUUGAACCCCGGUUUAUGUGGCAAUGUGCUUUGCUGUACAGAGGUAUUUGAGCAAGCAUUAGUUCAAGACAUUUAAUUGAGAUUACUCUCUCUUCUACC